UGGCAUAUUUCCUUUCUCCCCAGGGUCUGUUUCCUCCUGUGAUGCCUUCCUGAGCUUGUUCCAGAGCCAUGGGCUGAAGCCAGAGGCCAUCUGUCCCUGUGCCACCUCUCCUGAGGCCAUGACCAUCGCCAUCCGCAGGCCUGGAGUCCCUGGGGCCCCUUUGCCAGGCAGAGCCAUCCUGUCCAUGAAUGGGCUGAGCUUCGGCGUCAUUCGGGUCAACACUGAAGAUAAGAACUCUGCUCUCACUGUCCAGGAUGUUGGCCAUGUGAUGCCAGGAGGCAUGAUGUGCAUAGUGAAACCUGAUGGGCCACCCCAGCUCUGCAAAACAGAUGAGAUUGGAGAGAUCUGUGUGAGCUCCAGAGCAGGAGGGAUGAUGUAUUAUGGGCUGGCAGGGGUGACAAAGAAUACUUUCGAGGUGAUCCCAGUGAACUCCUCUGGCUCUCCAGUGGGGGAAGUGCCCUUCGUCCGCUCGGGCCUGCUGGGAUUUGUGGGACCUGGCAGCCUGGUGUUCGUGGUGGGGAAGAUGGACGGGCUGCUGACCGUCAGCGGCCGCAGGCACAACGCCGACGACAUCGUGGCCACCGGCCUGGCCGUGGAGUCCAUCAAAACAGUUUACAGAGGAAGGAUCGCUGUGUUCUCCGUGUCUGUGUUCUACGACGAGAGGAUCGUGGUGGUGGCAGAGCAGAGACCAGAUGCCUCCGAGGAGGACAGUUUCCAGUGGAUGAGUCGGGUGCUGCAGGCCAUUGACAGCAUUCACCAAGUGGGUGUGUACUGCCUUGCUCUGGUGCCAGCCAACACAUUGCCAAAAACUCCACUGGGAGGGAUCCACAUCUCUCAAACCAAACAGCACUUUCUGGAGGGCUCUCUGCACCCCUGCAACAUCCUCAUGUGCCCUCACACCUGUGUGACAAACUUGCCAAAACCCAGGCAGAAACAGCCAGGCGUGGGCCCUGCCUCUGUGAUGGUGGGGAACCUGGUUGCUGGGAAGCGAAUCGCCCAGGCCUCCGGGAGAGAUCUGGGGCAACUAGAAGACAAUGAUUUAGUUAAAAAGCACCAGUUCCUGACAGAGGUGUUGCAGUGGAGAGCUCAAGCGACUCCUGACCACCCUCUCUUCCUUCUGCUCAAUGCCAAGGGAACCACUGUGUGCACAGCCACCUGCCUUCAGCUGCACAAAAAGGCCGAGAGAAUCGCAUCAGUGCUGUGUGACAAAGGACAUCUCAAUGCAGGAGACAAUGUGGUGCUUCUUUAUCCUCCUGGCAUUGAGCUGAUCACAGCCUUCUAUGGCUGCCUGUACGCUGGCUGUGUGCCCGUGACCGUGCGGCCACCCCACGCGCAGAGCCUCGUGGCCACCCUGCCCACCGUGCGCAUGAUCGUGGAG